AGUCUUCCCCUCCCGUUCCCCUGAUUCUAUUGUCCUGCACCAGAACUCCAUUGACAGAGAGAGAGAGAGAGAUGGUGAUCUUAGAGGCAGAGAAGAGAGGGAAGAUGCCGGCGGAGGGAGACGACGAGUCCGCCACCGUGACGGAGCUCACCCUCGGCCUACCCGGCGGCAGAAGGUCCGGGGCAGCCGAGCCGGAGGUAGCCGCGGGAAAGUCUGCACAGAAGCGCGGGUUUGCCGAGACCGUGGAUCUCAAUCUCGGGAGAGGAGGCGCCGAUGAGGAAGUCCAGAGCUCCGGGAAAGCCGCAGCCGGGAAGCCGGCGGCUUCCAAGGCUCAGGUGGUGGGGUGGCCGCCGGUGAGAUCAUACAGAGUGAACGCAUUGAAGAGCUGCACUUACGUGAAGGUCGCCGUAGACGGCGCGCCAUAUCUACGGAAGGUAGACUUGGAGACGUAUGACAGCUACCAGCAGCUGCUCAAGGCCCUAGAGGAGAUGUUCAGCUGUUUCACCAUAUGCAACUACUUAGGCGAGAGCAAACUCAUGGAUCGAAUGAAUGGCUCGGAAUAUGUUCCCACUUAUGAAGAUAAAGACGGCGACUGGAUGCUUGUUGGAGACGUUCCUUGGAAGAUGUUUGUGGAAUCAUGCAAGCGUAUGCGACUGAUGAAGAGCUCUGAGGCCGUUGGACUAGCUCCACGAACCCCAGAGAAGUGCACGAGCUCGAACUGAGGAAGGGAGCGGGUGGCCUUCAUGAGCACUUUGUAUAGAGACCCUGGGUGUUCUCCUAUAAGAUUUUGAGAGAGAUAGAUAAGAAUAAUAUAUAUAUGUGUGUGUUAUUGUAAUUAUAGUGGUUGGAAGGUUAAGAUGGAAGCUUGUUUUGGUAUUUCAUAAUAUAUAUCCAUAGAUA